AUGGGUGAGUCGUUUAGUCAGCAGCCGUAUGCUAUGGCCCCUCAGAUGCCACAGGGGAUCGGCCCGCAGGGAGGGAUGCAGCAGGGCAUGGGGCAGCAAGGCAUGGGGCAACAGGGCAUUGGGCAACAGGGCAUGGGGCAGCAAGGCAUGGGCCAGCAGGGGAUGGGGCAGGUGUAUCAGCAGCAGGCUCAUGCACCUGGGCAUAUGCAGGCUCACCCACAACAGCAGCAGGCGGUACCUCAAUUCCAGCAACAGAUGGUUGGGGGAGCGCAGCAGCAGUAUGCCAACUUCGCACAGCCAGGCAUGGCUGGGCCUGGAGGCCCCCUAUCCCAGAACCACUCACCCUCCAUGCCCAUGUACCAUCAAAACUCAGGCCCUCCGCAACAGCAGCAGCCACUCCACCCAUACCAGCAGCAGAGCCCCAUGCAGGGUCGCUCUCACAUGGGCAAGGUAGCAUACGGGCAUCAAGCACCCAGACCUCCUCUAUCCGGUGGGAGCAUAGGGGGGCACCUGGAGAGCGAGGAGGGCCUGCCAAGGCAAGGGUCAGGGAAACGGUUCCCCAAGCAGCCGCCACAGCCCCCCAUGGACCCACAAGCUGCCACCAGACGGUACCUCACUGGCCCGGGGAAGUCCCUAGCGGCUUCGAUCGGCUUUAGAAGCGGGUCUCUCAACGAACAUCAGAUGCAGCAGCAGCAGCAGCACGGGGGUGCGGGAAUGGGAGCGCCUGCGGACCUGCCCUUCAGGCGCACUGCCACGGAGUACAGUGGGCCGCCCGGGCGGGCAGAUGCGAUGACGGUGGCGCCGAGAAGCUCCACGCUGGGCGGCGAGGGGCAGUACCGUCGCAAGGUGUAUAUGAACGGGCAGCCCGUGCCUGACAAGCUUGUGUUCCUGGCUGAGAGGCGGAUUGGAACGAUUGAGCCAGGCAGCUACUGGUAUGACUGCCGAGCUGGAUUUUGGGGCCCUGUGGGAGGGCCAGCAUUCGGAGUUACUCCGGCUUUUAUGAGGGAGUUCGGCAUGCAGCCGAUGCAGAGUGACUGUUCCGGAGGCAAGACUAAGGUGUUUGUGAAUGGGAGAGAGCUGCACAAGAAGGACCUUGUUACUUUGAUGAAGAGGGGCUUUCCGGACACUCCUGGUGCUCGGUACACUCUGGAUGCUGAUGGCACAGUCUGCAAUGAGGCAGGCCGACACCUCUUUGCCAUGGGAAAACUGAUGGUGGACAAGAAGAAGGGUAUGUACAUGGUGAAACCCCAAUAA